AUGGCUUCAAUGAUUGCACCCCAGAUGGCACUCCGGGCUUUCAGAUCCACCCCAAAGGCUGCCCCCUGGGCCAAGCUCUCUGCUCAGCUGCCACGAGCCCAACCUGCUUUCCGCCGGUUCUUCGCUGCGGCUCCCCAGGAACAGCCGCGCCUGCGUCUGGGGUCAACUGCCCCCAACUUCAAAGCAUUGACCACCAAGGGUGAAAUUGACUUCCACCAGUUCAUCGGCGAUAGCUGGACCAUCCUGUUCUCCCACCCGGCCGACUUCACCCCCGUCUGCACCACCGAGCUGGGUGCUUUUGCGAAAAUGAAGAAUGAAUUUGACAAGCGUGGCGUGAAGAUGAUCGGCCUGAGCGCCAAUGACAUCGGUUCCCACGGUGAAUGGAUCAAGGAUAUCAACGAAAUCUCCUCUACUGACGUGCAGUUCCCCAUCAUCGCCGACGCCGACCGUAAAGUCGCCUUCCUGUACGACAUGAUUGACCAGCAGGACCUGGAUAACAUCGACCAAAAGGGCAUCGCAUUCACCAUUCGGUCUGUCUUCAUCAUCGACCCUAGCAAGAAGAUCCGUCUUACUAUGAUGUACCCCGCCUCGACUGGUCGUAACUCGACCGAGGUCCUCCGAGUCAUCGACUCUCUUCAGACUGGCGAUAAGAAGGGGGUGACUACCCCGAUCGACUGGCAAGUCGGCGACGACGUCAUCGUGCCCCCCUCCGUUUCCACCGCGGACGCGAAGAAGAAGUUUGGCGAGGUUCGCGAGAUCAAGCCGUACUUGCGGUACACUAAGAUCUAA